CCCCGUCUUAUCGGCCGUUCUCCCCUCCUACUUCGGCCCUUCGUCACCAAAGCACAAUCCACUCCUUUUUCUCGCGAUUCUGUUUUUCUCCCACCCUUCCCCUUCUUCUUCUUUCUCUCGCUUCUCGCUGGACCACUUUCGACGGUCACGAUACGACCCAAACAAUCCCUCCCUCCCCCCAGUUCAGACCCAUCGAUCGUCUUCCUACCCACUCCGCACUUCAAUCUCGCCUGCGUCUAAACAAGUUUGGUCCUUGGAUCAAAGUCCCCUGGUCUGAUCCCUUCAAGUCCGGCCGCCAGUAGUGACCUCACGGCACGCAUACGCACGCACAGUACCCUCGUACAACACACACCCAACACGAACGAAACGAUCUGAAGGUGUGUCUGUCGCUCGCUCACGGCCGCGUCUACCACCACUACCGAGAGCCAACCGCAGCCUACCGCUGUCGCUGUCGUUCGCACUACGGAUACACUGUACGAAUACCUCCACCGCUGCUGCUUUUGCCGCAAACCAAACUACAGCAUCACACCCGUGUCUCGUCCCAAUCGGCAUAUCCAAUCCACACUGCCCAUUGUCCUGCUCGCCUGCUUGCUGGUCCGACAGUCGUGAAGCAAGCCCCGGCCUGUGGGAAAUCGAACCAUUGUUGAGACUAGACGGCUGACCUCGACGAACCUUUUUUUCUCGUACGCAGGGAUAUUGCCAAACCCAAAAAAACAGCCAAAAAAAUACACAAUGCCCACCUCUCUCGACUCUUCUCGUCCCAUCAUGGCACCUUCAGUGCGUACCUCUGUGCGAUACAGCACCUUUAGCAUGGCGCCCUCGUUCGCCAACACCGUCCAGACCACCGACUCGGCCCACGCCGAGAUCACCGACAUCGCGACCGGCCUCGACCGCAUGGAGAACAAGGCUCUGAGCUCCCAAAGAGUCACCCUGAGCGAGGAGAAGAGCGCAAACCUGAGCAAGCUGGCCCUCGGUGCCAAGCUCGAGCGUGCACUGGACCGAAGAAUGAGCAGCCAGGACGCCGUAAUGCGUCCUCGCGGCAAGACCCUGACAGAAAAGCCUGCUCAGGCAGCAUAGGAGCCUGCCGAGCAACCCUGGACCACGAAAAAACGUCCUUGGCAGGCCGUUUUUACCGCAUCAACCAAACGCACAACACAAGACCCGAAACCAACCCCGAGUGCGCAGGUUCCGACAGAGAGAAGCAAUACAGAGACGGUCAACCAUGCCGUCAGAAGCCAGACUAAGGGGCUGGUUCUGCCACCGGCUCCCACGAAACCCCUCGUCGCACAAGACCCCCGAUAACGGGAAGAGGCUGAAUAUAUGCCUCUGAAUGGAAGCAAAGCAGAAUAAUGGGAAUGGGAUUGGGAAUGGGAUUGGAAUUGGGGCAGAGGCUGGCCCCCGUUCUGGGCCGCCGUGGAAACGAAUGAAGUUGACAGCUGCUUUCAUGAUGUUUUUGUUAUUUCUUGGCUUGUUGGGAUAUCCAGAGGAUGGCCGGAGCAACGAAGCCGUGAUGGCAUCCCAUGCAUAGUGUUUAAAGGGGAGGUGUCUAACUACGAUGGUGCAGCUCUGUUACAUAUUUCUUCGCCCAGAAGCAUCAAUCGCACAGGUAUAUGAUGACGGAAUGGAGUUCCCUUGGCGAAAGUCGGGUGUAUAGGUUGUUGGUACAUUGGGUAUACUAGAAAUGCUGAUGGCCCUAUCCACCCACGAUGAUCCUCUUAAAAAAAGAAAAUUCCCAAGAGUCAAGCCGUCUCGACGCGGCUAAUCUAGGCGAUGCUGGGGUCCAGAAACUAUGCGGUGGCCGCUGUAGCACUGAACCGAUGCCAGACGCUGUCAUGAGCCCAUGUUGGGUAGGACAAUACGGUCUCAGUUGGUCUCAUCGGUCCUCCGCUGCUGACUCUGAUAGCUUGGCUCUUCCGAUCCUCUCUCCGUUUGCCCAUCUGUCUGCCUUUCCUUGACUCUCGU